AUGGUCCGCCUCCUCGCCUUCGCCCUCGCCUCGCUCCUUCCCGCGUGCGUCACAGCGCAGCCGAUGCUCGGUGGCUGGCACAACACGACCAACAUUACCGAAGGUCUCGCGGAAACGUACUACUCGGCCGUCUCAUCGCCUACCAGCUACGCCGCCGACGCCACGCUCUUCGUGUGCGCAACCACCGUCACGAGCGUCUCCGCCCAGGUCGUGAGCGGCAUGAACUACAUCUUCCACGUCGAAGGCUGCGCCGUGCCCUCGGCCACCGACUCGGGCGCCGACUGCACGUGCCCGGCAGCGCCGACCGCCUACGACGUCGCUAUCUCCGACGCGCCGUGGAUGCAAGUUCUCAGCGUCACCAGCAUCACCCCCGUCUAG